GUGAACUGUCAAGAGGCAAUCUUGCACAUCUCAAAUGGAGCCACAGAUAAAGAAUACUGCCUGGUCUACAACUCCUUAUGGACCAACCUGUCACUCUCCCUCAGCGCUGCUGUAAGUCCAGUCCAGCAACACGACCAUUCUGAUAUUCAGCUGCCCUAUGCCCCCAUUUGCUCCAGCCUCGACUUUGUUGGACUUUAGUAUGUGUUGGUGAACCCACAGAACUAGGUGAACCUCACCUGACAUCUAGCCUGCUGUGUAGUGGCUCUGGGAUUCAGCCUUUCUACAGUGACAAUACAUCAUAGCUAUUAAUAUAUUGAUUGAUUGUCUAACCCUACCUGUUGUCCUGUGUUAGACGGCGUAUCCCCUGGUGAACCUGUCCUCCAGCCUACUUUGUAGCUCUGCAGGGGUGAGCCCGGCCACAGUGAGGGGCAAGGCGGUGGUGGUCAUGAGAGGGAAGUGUACCUUUAACCAGAAGGCUCUGGUAGCCCAGGACCUGGGGGCUGCCGCUCUGAUCGUUGCCAGCACUACAUCUAUGGUAAGGCUUUGAUAAUGGAUCUACAAUGUAUCAAUAGUGUUACCUCCAAUGUGUCUAUGAUGCAGCACUUAAUUUACAUCUAUGGUAUAACAUGAUAGGCCUACAUCUUUGAGUGUGCUUUUUCAGACCUGUGUUUUGUUUUAUAUCUCAUCUGAUUGGUUCUAAAGAGUCCCCCGGCAGCCAAUGUGACAGAGGAUGAUAAGGUCCAGAUUCCGCUGGCUCUGAUGAGAUACAGGGACUUCCUGGACGCACAGAAUGUGAGUUCUCUGGAACUGUAGGUCCUCUGGUAUAGUGCUUAUUCACGUCUUCUGAUUUAAUGCAAAAACAUGUAUCUACAGUAUAUCUUUCAAUCAAUAAGAAUAUACAUGAGACAUUAGUGUGUGUGUCUCCUCAGGUGUGGCGCAGUGGUCUAAGGCACUGCAUCGCAGUGCAAAACUGUGCCACUAGAUCCUGGUUCGAAUCCAGGCUCUGUCGCAGCCGGCCGCGACCGGGAGACUCAUGGGCGGCGCACAAUUGGCCCAGCGUCGUCCAGGGUAGGGGAGGGAAUGGCCGGCAGGGAUGUAGCUCAGUUGAUAGAGCAUGGUGUUUGCAACGCCAGGGUUGUGGGUUCGAUUCCCACAGGGGGCCAGUAUAAAAAAAAUAAUAUGUAAGUCGCUCUGGAUAAGAGCGUCUGCUAAAUGACUAAAAAUGUAAAAUGUAAAAAUGUGUGUUAGUGUAUGAUCUCUCUGUGUGUUUCUCCAGGUGUUUGGUGAGGAGAUGCAGGUUAGGCUGUAUGCCCCGGCGGUGCCUGUGUUUGAUGCCAGCAUUGUGGUCAUGCUGCUCAUAGGAGUAGUGACUGUUGCUCUGGGAGGCUACUGGAGCGGAGCCUGUGAGAGGUGAGACUGCACACACACGUUUCUUUAUUUCCUUCGGAAAAGGACAGCCAUGCAUGCUGUCCACUCUUCAGCCACUCUACACUGUGUAACAGUCUGUGUUUUGUGUGUGUCUGUGUGUCAGAGAGAGGCUGAGUGCAUCUCGAGGAGGAGGGGGAGGGGGAGGAGAGGAGAAGAGUGACAGUGGGGACUUGGCUCUGCACUCUCCCCUGAAGGUGGUCAUCUUUGUAGCGCUGAUGUGUCUGAUGCUGGUACUCAUGUACUUCUUCUACAAGUACCUGGGUCAGUCUUUCACUCUGGACAAACACUGCUUAAUGUAUUUGUAUUACAUUUUUUCACAAUGUGUUAAGUUCAUUAACAGUUUAUUAACAGUUUUAUAUGCAAAGCAAACAUACCACACCAAAAGCUGUUAGACACUCAGUGAUUAUCUCAUAAGGAGUUCGUUCAGGUGUGUUUUUAUAUUUUCUCUGUGUAUUUGUGUGUUUUCCAGUGUAUGUGAUCAUCGCCAUAUUCUGCCUAGCGUCUGCCACCGCCCUCUUCAGCUGUCUGGACGCCCUGUUGGACCUGGCCAAGUGUAGCCCCAUGAGGUACACCCACCCCCCCCCCUCCCCCCUUUAAAAUCAUGGUAUUUACAGAGUGUCAAGGUUUUCUAUGGUAACAACGUAAAGCUUGAGACUAUUUCCCUGUUCCAUAGACAUCUGUCCUCCCUGUCUGUUCCUCUGUCUGUUCCAUGGACAUCUGUCCUUCCUGUCUGUUCCUCUGUCUGUUCCAUAGACAUCUGUCCUUCCUGUCUGUUCCUCUGUCUGUUCCAUGGACAUCUGUCCUUCCUGUCUGUUCCAUAGACAUCUGUCCUUCCUGUCUGUUCCAUAGACAUCCGUCCUUCCUGUCUGUUCCAUAGACAUCCGUCCUUCCUGUCUGUUCCAUAGACAUCCGUCCUUCCUGUCUGUUCCAUAGACAUCCGUCCUUCCUGUCUGUUCCAUAGACAUCCGUCCUUCCUGUCUGUUCCAUAGACAUCCGUCCUUCCUGUCUGUUCCAUAGACAUCCGUCCUUCCUGUCUGUUCCAUAGACAUCCGUCCUUCCUGUCUGUUCCAUAGACAUCCGUCCUUCCUGUCUGUUCCAUAGACAUCCGUCCUUCCUGUCUGUUCCAUAGACAUCCGUCCUUCCUGUCUGUUCCAUAGACAUCCGUCCUUCCUGUCUGUUCCAUAGACAUCCGUCCUUCCUGUCUGUUCCAUAGACAUCCGUCCUUCCUGUCUGUUCCAUAGACAUCCGUCCUUCCUGUCUGUUCCAUAGACAUCCGUCCUUCCUGUCUGUUCCAUAGACAUCCGUCCUUCCUGUCUGUUCCAUAGACAUCUGUCCUCCCUGUCUGUUCCUCUGUCUGUUCCAUAGACAUCUGUCCUUCCUGUCUGUUCCAUAGACAUCUGUCCUCCCUGUCUGUUCCUCUGUCUGUUCCAUAGACAUCUGUCCUCCCUGUCUGUUUCUCUGUCUGUCAUAAACAACUCAUCGGUCAUAGUUUCAUAUGGAAGUUCUGAGAGAAGUUUUAAAAAAAGUGAAUCACACGCACCCGUCUCCUCGAACAUCACACACACACACAUGUUUUUGUGAGUCAUACGGACCUUUCUGUGGUUGCCUGUGCACUCUCUCUCUUCUCUCAUGUGUGCUGUGUUCCUCUAGUGUGACGGUCCUGGGUAGGAGUGUAUCCGUGAGGUCGGUGCUGCUGUCUGCUGUGUGUGUCACCGUAGCCGUGGUCUGGGGAGUCUACAGGAACGAGGACAGGUACUGUCUAUCACACACACACUGACACAGUCACGCACACUGAUACAACCCUUUGGAAUGCUGUGGCUGGGACAUCAGGAUGAAGGAGUCUGGAGGACUCGGACGUCAUCAGCAGAGUAGAGGCGUGUUGUUGGUGUUAGUUUAGUUUAGUUCAGCAUCCCUCACUGCCUCAUUGACUGUCUCUGGUUGUGUCUCAAAUGGCACCCUAUUCCUGAUAUAGUGCACUACUUUUGCUGGUCAAAAGUAGUGCACUUAUAGGGAGUAGGGUACUAUUUGGGACGCACUCUCUGACAGACCGAAACCGUUAGUCCCACUAAUGCCCAAUAACAGAAUAACAUCAUGGUGGGUAGUGUGUGUGUUCAUACAGGCUAGUGACUGUCCUUAGUCCUUAGCGCAGUAGAAGUAUUAGUAGACAUGAUAACUAAAUGUCCCCAGUCUACAACAGCAACACACUGUCCACAGAUAAUGUCGUAUGAAACUUUUCCAUAAGCAAAGCAUGGUGGAUAAUUAUAAUGUUCUAGAGAAUGUGGUUUCACUUCCCUUUCCACCACCCCACACAUUAUAACUCACUCAGAUUACACAUUUACUAGUUCACUGGAUCAUACUCCCGAGUGGCGCAGUGGUCUAAGGCACUGCAUCGCAGUGCUAGCUGUGCCACUAGAGAUCCUGGUUCGAAUCCAGGCUCUGUCGUAGCCGGCCGCGACCGGGAGACCCAUGGGGCGGCGCACAAUUGGCCCAGCGUCGUCCAUGGUAGGGGAGGGAAUGGCCGGCUGGGAUGUAGCUCAGUUGGUAGAGUUGUGGGUUCGCUUCCCACGGGGGGCUAGUAUGAAAAAAUAAAAAAAUAAUGUAUGCACUCACUAACUGUAAGUCGCUCUGGAUAAGAGCGUCUGCUAAAUGACUAAAAUGUAAAUGUAAUAACUGGGAAAAUGCUCUCAUUUUUGCUUUCAGAAAAAAUUGAACUAAAACUAAACUAACAAUGAAUGCUUGGGCCAUUUCAGGGUAAAGUACAGGAACCAUUGUCAAUGGUUGUCCUUAUGUUUGUGAGGGUGAUAAGCUUGACAUGCACUUUAUAACCUAUUUCUUUAUGACCUUUAUUAAAUCAGUUUGGUUGUAUUUAAUAGUUAGUUGACAGGCUGAAGUGUGUUGUUGAAAAAAACUACUCUACUCUAUUGCCAGGUGGAUCUGGAUCCUGCAGGACCUCCUGGGUGUGGCCUUCUGUCUCAACUUCCUGAAGACCAUCUCACUGUCCAACUUCAAGGUGAAAUCUUCACUCUGACCUCUCACCUCUGAUCUUCAGUCACAAAGAGGGCCACCAUAGAGAUAGAUAGAGAUCACUACUUGGAAAUAACACGUUUUUGCAUGGACAUUGCCAUUGAGGACUUCCACCGUUUUAAAGUAGUCAGCUGGGUGGGAUCAGCCAAUGAAGUAUACUCGUGAGCAAACAUUCCAUAACUGCAGGUGGCAGUAAAUCGCCAACCUUGGCUUUAUACCUGUUCAAACAACACACUACAGGUGGCAGUAUGCCCCCUUUCAGUUUGUUUACCAACUCAUAAAGUAGUAGAAGAAGAAAAUGGACUACUCUAAAAUGGAGAUGGCCUCAAUGGCGCCGCCCAUGCCCUCACAGACCGAUUAAAAAUAUGUUGUCUAACUAAGUCUGUGGACACGUCUCUAAACAUCUGUUCUCACUUUCCCUCUCUUUCUUUCUUCUCUCUUUCUCUCCCCCUCACCUGUCUUCCAUUCCACCCCCCCCCCCCCCUCUCUCCCUCCUCAGAUCUGUGUGAUCCUGUUGAGUCUGCUGCUGCUGUAUGAUGUAUUCUUUGUCUUCAUCACUCCUCUGUUCAUGCCGGUGAGUCACUUUUCCCUUUAAAUACAGUGCAAUAUUGUCUUAUUUUUUUUUAUAGAAAGGUUAAAUACAUUGUCCCUCGUUUUAAAUGUUUAAUAUUUUACAGAAUGGGGAGAGCAUCAUGGUCCAAGUGGCCAUGGGUCCAGACGCAGCAGGAGAGAAGGUAACCACUUGUCUGUCUGUCUGCAUGUCUGUCUGUCUGCCUGCCUGUAUGUCUCUCUCUCUCGAUCUGUCUGUCUGUCUGUCAAAACUUGAAUCUUCAAUCUCUGGAUGUUAAAAUGGCUUGAUUAACCUUCAGUAAGGUCAGGAGUUUUCCUUGACUGAGUGUUCCCCGACCCAGUAAACACUCCUGGCCCUGACUAGAAUCAGGCUGCGUAGUUGUGAUCUCAUCUGCUGUGUUCCGUUGCAGCAUUGCGGUGUAGAUUAGAUUUCCCUCGGGGUCGGAAUGGCUUACUAUCUGAGGAUGUGUUUCAAAUGGCACCCUAUUCCCUACACAGUGCAUUACUUUUGACCAGAGCCCUGAUCAACAGUAGUGCACUAUGUAGGGAAUAGGGUGGCAUUUAGGAUGCAAACUGACUGCGUCUGGUUGGGGUGUUCUGUCUCGACGCAGGGUAACACGGUGGAGGUGCCAGCCGAACCCUCGACUACAUAUGAGAAAGUAAGACCCCACCGCUUUACCACUCAGCUUCAUAUGUACUGUUAAUGAUCAAAUAAAUGCAUUCAUUUAUUCACACCCUGCCCGCCCACCUAGCCAUUCAUCUCUGCGCUAUACCAUUGUUUGGAUUAAGCCCAUAUGUUUAAAGCCAUAGUUUAAAGCUAUAUGUUGUUAGUUUUACAAAUACAUUGUUUACAAACAAUGAAGUAAAACAACCAUAUAUUUUAUGCUGGGGUAAGAUGGUUAUACUAAGUUCAUAAGGCAUUUAUAAGUCGUAUUCUUAAAGAAUAAAUGGGAAUUUAUAUAUUGCUGUAAAUAUUGUAGAUUGUUCCUUUUAAAAGCUGUAGUGAAAUGGCCCCAUCUCCACUAGUCCCUUACAUGACUAUCAGCAGAGAGAGAGCGAGAACAUACAGCACAUACCAACCAACCGUCACAUGACUGGCUCUUAUGUCAUGUGACAACUGUGUUAACAUCUGAUUCCUCAUGUGUGGGGCCAAGAGUUUUUAUUCACAUGACCUGACCAGGGAAAAAUCCUGUCUCUAACAAACUUUACUGUACUAUUAUACAAUAUUACACAAUCUCAAGUAAUUGCGUUGUAGCCUAAGAGUUUAAAUAAUGAGGGCUUAAUCUGCAUUUAAUAAAACAUUGAUAUAUUUGCUGUGUGAUUUGGUGGUGAACUGAUUGCGUUCCUGUGUGUCUCAUGUUCAUGUCAUUAACAAUCACUAUGGCUUGACAGUUGGCAUAUUGACAUUACAUGUAUGUCUGUUUUCUGUUUUUUUAAAUGGAAGUACUGUAGUUGGUUUCGAUUCAGAAUAUAUUAUAGUGAACACUCGUAAUCCUCAGGAUGUGUCUCUGUGAUUGAUUUUAGUUUUAGUUGAGUUUUUAUUAUGCUUUAGUUUAGUUUUGGUUGAGCUUUAGUUAACUUUUAGUCAAUUGUUAUUUAACAGAGUGUUAGAUGGUUUUUAUUUAAUCGUUAGUUGACCGUUAGUUGACUGUUGCCUGUGUUCUCUCCCUGGUAGCUCCCGGUAGUGAUGCGUGUUCCACGGUUCUCUUCAUGGGCACAGAACCUGUGUGGCAUGCAGUUCUCCAUCCUGGGCUAUGGGGACAUUAUCGUACCAGGUGAGAUAAACAUGGUUGCAUCCCAAAUGUCAACCCUAUGCAAUGUCACCCUAUGCCCUAUAUAGUGCACUACUUUUGACCAGAGCUAGGGUUGCAAAGGGAGGGUAUAUUACUGGAAACUUUUAACAUUUACCAGUAAACUACCAGAAUUACGGUAACGUAUAUUUUUAUUUUCUAUUUUAUCAGAUGACAUCUAGUGGCCUUGGGUACUUCAGAUUAUCACAGGUGUCUGUAAUUAUCUCUGGCCCUCUGUGUGGCCUUAUCACAUGUAAAAUAUAUACAAUAAUCAAAUAAGAUGAUUUUUAAAUAAAAAAAUAUAAUGACAACUGUAAAACAUUAUAUAAACCAUCAAUUUAGUGAAUGCCAUUAGUGUUUAACAUGAGGGUAUCAGCAUGAAAUAUCCUUUAUAUUCUUUUUACACACUUCUAUUUAUUUUACUAUGUUAAUAUGUCUUUGUUGUAAAUAUUUUUGUGCCAAGCUGGUGUCAGUUGUGAAGAAAGUCAAUAGUUGGAAGUGUUGCAGAGUUAAUAGAAAAUAAAUGCUAUUGUUGAUUAAAUGCUUUUUUCAUGAAUUAGGCUAUUUUUUCUUGAACCAUAUAGUCUAUCCACUGGAUACUCAUGGACAAUAUGGACACAGAAAAAUUACCAUAGAUUACCUGUUAAUUACCAAAAUUACUUACGUUUCUGGUAACUUUGUUAAUUACCGGUAGCUUUGCAACCCUAACCAGAGCCCUACAGGUCCGUGUCUCUAAACAAUGAUGUAAGAUCAGUAUUAUGCUUCCCUCUAUAAUGGUUAUAAUUAGGAAGUUUGGCGUGUAAGCUGAUCCUAGAUCUGUUCAUAAAGUAAUUUUUUUUCCAGGAGCGUUUUUAAAGACUCAGUAUCAGCUCCAUGUUCACACCCUUCUGUUCUGCCUUCUCAUUGGACGAUAGCUUCAGACCUUCAUAUAUUCUGUUUGCUGAUUGGUCCAACAGGUCUUCUGGUGUCCUAUUGCAGCAGGUUUGAUGUGUGGGUCAACAGCCCCAAGAAGAUCUACCUUUUCUGCUGCUGCAUAGGUAAUGACAUGGACAUUAUCAAUACAUUACUGAUCAUUAUCAUCAUCAUCAUCAUCAUCAUCAUCAUCGUUUUGAUCAUCUCCUCUCCUCCUCUCCACCCACCCCCUCCCCCAGCCUACCUGUGUGGUAUGGUUGUGACGUUUGCGGUGAUGUUGGUGACUAAGAUGGGGCAGCCAGCUCUGCUCUACCUGGUUCCAGUCACCCUGCUGGUAUCUGCUCUGCUGGCCUGGAGGAGAGGGGAGAUGAGGCAGUUCUGGAACGGGACCACGUACGAGGUGAGAGGACGACAAGACACUUUUCCUUUGGGGGGGAUUCAAUUUAUUUUAUUUUAUUGAAUAUUUGAUCACUUCAAAGGGUUUGGGCCUAAUUCCAUUUGAAUUCAAACAACUCAGGAAAUGAUUAUAAAUAUAUAUAAAAAAUGUUGUUCUCAUGAUAUAUUUCUAAUAUGGAGGGUUGUUAUACAGUAGUGUGUGAUGUAAUGAUGAUAAUUGAAUCUCCAUCAGGUGUUGGACUCCACCAGGGAACCCUUACUGCCAGGUGUGCUUUCACUCCCUGACCUCUAACCACUGACAACAGUAAAGGCUACUCACGCUCCCUUCUCCUGCAUCCUCCCCGCCAUCUACCUACCCUGUGUCUCUAGACUAGCAUUCUUUUUUCUUUUUUCACAGCCUUUCAGCCUUUACUUUAAAAAUUUAGCAAAUUAAAAACAUAACACUGCAAUGUCAAAUUGAGUUAUGUAUGUUCAUAAAGCUGGUAGAGCACGGCGCUUGUAACGCCAAGGUAGUGGGUUCGAUCCCCGGGACCACCCAUACACAAAAAAAAAAAUGUAUGCACGCAUGACUGUAAGUCGCUUUGGAUAAAAGCGUCUGCUAAAUGGCAUAUUAUUAUGUAUAAUAUAAUGUUACAUACUCAGAUCAGCAGUACCCAACAUGGCCACUAGAUGUCACUAGAGUCCUGGAAAUGCCAGUGGUGCCACAGAUUUCACUCUAGCUUGGACACACACAUACGACACACACACACACACAUGUUGCUUAGAAAAGUCUGUUUCUAUUGUUUUAUUUCUUUAGUCUGUUUGUCAAUGUCUGCAUCCCUUAAUUGUUUUCUCUCCUAACCAGAAUACAACCCUCUCAUAACGUUUUAAUGGGUUUGAAUUUUCCCUGUGCAGCUGUGUUGAGAUGUGGGAGCUUCAAAUCAAAUCAAAUCAAAUUUUAUUGGUCACAUGCGCCGAAUACAACAGGUGCAGACAUUACAGUGAAAUGCUUACUUACAGCCCUUAACCAACAGUGCAUUUAUUUUUAACAAAAAAAGUACAAAUAAAACAACAACGAAAAAAAAGAGCAGAAGUAAAAUAAAGUGACAGUAGGGAGGCUAUAUAUACAGGGGGGUACCGUUGCAGAGUCAAUGUGCGGGGGCACCGGCUAGUUGAGGUAGUUGAGGUAAUAUGUACAUGUGGGUAGAAUCUCCAUCAGGUGUUGGACUCCACCAGGGAACCCUUACUGCCAGGUGUGCUUUCACUCCCUGACCUCUAACCACUGACAACAGUCAAGGCUACUCACGCUCAGCUUUGUUUGUUGUUUAUGUUUUGUCAUGUGCGUGUCGUCAUGCUUUCUGUAAACCUGUGGUUUGCUGCUGUUCAGAAGGGUGAAAAUUUCAGAACGUUGCAGUUAGAAAUGCAAUGCAUAGAACGGACACAAUGGACUAUUCUCUAUGACAAAGAAGAUGAAUGUCUGUUCUACAUGAACGUUCUGUACAGUUCCACCCUCCUGAAUAAACCUGUGCUGUGCACAGCAGACUGUCUGUUGGCUACUGGACUAAGCUUUAUGUUGUAUCACUGAUGUCUGUCUUAUACUGAUAAACUCCUCUACUCCCUCUCCUAGAUGGAACACCUGACUAUGACAGCAGAGGAGGAAAGUGCUGACUACAGCUGAUCCAGGAGCCAACCAACAAACCAACUGCUGGGGCUCUUUUCUACUCUUCAAAUCAAGCAUCUAGUUCAUCAUCCAUGGGAUGCAAGGGAAAUACUAUAGCUAGUCUAUCAAUCAAUACAGAUUUAUACUGGGGAAAUGUAGUGGGGAGGGGUUAGGAGUUAGGGGUCAGGGGUGGGUUAGGGGUAUGGGUUGAUUGGACAGUGAGACAGUUAAUUUGAGAGGCUUACUAGUGGCUGAGAAUGCAGUGUGUUCAUAUUAUGGGGUGUUUGAGGAACUAUAAUAUUAAAAUGAUGCCUAAACUGUAUUGCCUUGGUAACCGAUACAAGUGAUUUAUUGAGAAAGCACUUUAAUACUUAUGUUAGCAGGUUUGUGGGUUUUUUAAAGUGAAAGUUAAACUGUAGAUGAAGUUAGAUUUUUUUUUAAAUAACUGCUGUUCUGGGGUUUUCUGUAUAACUUGUUUGUAUUAUUGAGAAACAUAAUCUUUGAUUGCUUUUGUUGCCUUAAAUUAGUCCAUUCUGAUUUCAGCUCUGAGUGUGUCCUUAUAAUGUGUUCUAUGGCCUGUACUUUAUCUAACACUUCUUCAUGUAUUUUUAAAGCUCACAGUUAGAACUAUGACAUAACUGAUUCAAAUAAUCAUAGACUCCAAUAAAGACUCACUGUAUUAGUUGAAUCAGCUGUGUUACUGCUUGGCUGGAGCAAAAGCCUGCACCCACACCGGCCCUUUGCAGAUAUCUUUGCCCACCCGUGAGCUAGGUCACUGUGGGGAUGGGUCUGGUCAGUGUUACACAGUGCUAUGUAUGUACUCGUUACCACCGGUACUUUAGAAAGAGCAAAUAUUACAUUUACAUUUUAGUCAUUUAGCAGACGCUCUUAUCCAGAGCGACUUACAGGAGCAAUUAGGGUUAAGUGCCUUGCUCAAGGGCACAUCGACAGAUUUUUCACCUAGUCGGCUCGGGGAUUAGAACCAGCGACCUUUCGGUUACUGGCACAACGCUCUUACCCACUAAGCUACCUUGAGUUAGUGAUCUGAGUUUGGUAAGGCACUGACUGACUGACAACUGAGCCCAUGGUACCCAUAUUAAUGAAUUACUUUAUAUUGUUUAACUACCAUCCUCAUAAAUGUAAAGAGAGAGUGAGGAGGGAGGGUGGGGGAGAGAGGCCUGAGGAGGGAGGGUGAGGGAAAGGGACCGACAGGGAGGGAGAGAGAUGGAGGUAUCAAACUUGACCAGUAGAUAGGGAGUGCGUUAGAGAGGUGGCUUUUUGUACUGUUGCAAAAUGUUCUUUGUUUGGGUUCAUCUGUGGAGUUGGUCAUGUUUCAGCCUGUUGUAGCUAGUUACUGGUGACUUGCCACCUCUUGCCUACAUACCAGUCAGAUUGAGAAUGAGAAGUAUGUAGAUCUACCACAUUGACCUAGAAACACACAGCCUACUAGCGAGCUAUAUUUACAUAAUGCACUUUUAAUUCCAAGCCAGAGGUCAGCAGGAAAAGGUCUUCAAUAAGACAAUGCUCACAGUUUCUUCAGUGUGACUUUGUUUACAGUUCACUCUUAUGCCUGUUGCAUAAUACACUUAUCCAAACACCCAUCCCAUGGCAAUAAACUAAUAUAAAUGCGGGUAUUAAUCAAUCAAUCAAAUAAUACAUAUAUAUUCAGGUAUUUGACCCCCCCCCCGUACCCCGUCCCCCGUCCCCGUCCAGUCAUGUGACGUGCUGCGGGCUCGGGGGCUGACUCAGCUGGCUUCGUCACGCAGCGGCGUCAGUUCGGAGUCGCACAAUUAUGAAAAAGCAACCUUCCGCUGGAGCUGCAGCUAG